UUUGUUUACAUUUGAGAACGGUGAAAAGGGAGAUAAAGAGAAACAAGAGAGCGUGUUAACAAACAAACCCUAGAACUCUAAUCAGAUCGGAACCACCGUAUCGGAACCAUGGAAUCCGCAGCUAAAAGAAGAGGAGGAGGCGUUUUGGAAGGUCUUUACAAGGUUCUUAUGCGCCGCAACUCUGUCUAUGUUACCUUCGUCAUCGCUGGUGCUUUUCUCGGUGAACGGGCUGUGGAUUACGGUGUUCACAAGCUCUGGGAAAUAAAUAAUGUUGGGAAACGAUAUGAAGACAUUUCUGUGCUGGGGCAAAGGCCGGUAGACGAGUAAACUGUCUGAUCAUAUUGUUAGCCAUUUUGAAGUUUUAUUAUAUUCAUGGAAAAUUGAAGUGAACACUACGAGGUGGAAACACUUUCCAUUUUGCAAUAAGUGAAUAUGUUUGUCUCUGUUGAGCUUAAGUCAUGUAUGGUUUCAUUUGCUGGCUGUUGGAAAUAUAAAAAUAUUGAACUGCUGCAACUUUCCUUUUCUUUUUCUAUAUGAUUUAUCCUGAAUACUGGGUUAAGAAAAUCACUUGCUCAUAAGUUAAGCUUUUUUGUGACA